GACAGUAAAGAUUUAAAGUGCACUAUAUUCAAUUUUCUACAGUCCUCACUCCCUGAAUGAAAGAUGAAAAUUUUUAACAAAUUAUUUUUUAAAUUUUAUAACAAUACUGAUGGUUCAGUUAAUUACACACAGUAAUAAGAACUAACAAAGAAUGUACUCAGGUUACUUUUUUAUCAAAUCUUAAAUUUAACUCUACAGCCCUCACUUGAAAGAAUGAAAACCUUCAACUAAGUAUUAAAAUGAUUUUUAAAAUGUUCACUAUCCUGCAAACACAUCACUGACUAAUAAAAACUAAAAUAAAAACCUGACUAAUUAUUUAUGAUCCCAAUCCACAAUAAAUUAUAAUAAACAAAAUUAAAUUUAUUUAUAACAGUAUGUAACCAUUAAACAAAGGUUACUUUUCUUUCUCUAGCCAUUCAGACACAUUUUUAUCAAUUCUACACUUAAAGAAAGCACAAUUCUACUUUUCGGCUUGGAAAUUAUUAUAUCUGUUAUAAAUUGUAUUAAUUUAUUCAAUAGACUCAUGAAUUCAUUAAGAAUUGUGGAUGCAUAUAAGUAAAAGAAUUCUAUAACAAUGAAAUAUAAAGCAAUUGUUAGUAUGAAAUAAAUAACUAUUUUUCAUAAAUUAAAUCUUGAAUGUAAUGUGUUCAAUAUUCCCCACACAAAGUUAUGAGUUUCAAUUUGUAGGCUUCAACCUGACAGGCUCUGACUAAUACCUUUUCAACAUUACAUCAGGCAUGUGGUAAUUUAGAAUUGAAAAUAAACAGAAAAGAGCUUUGUUCAAAUAUGAAUUUUCUUUUAUGAAAGUAUACACACUCUUUUAAUAAAAUCAAUUAUUAACUACAUCAAAUUUUGGGGUGGGAGGGACCAAUGCAUUUGUCUGAAGAAUAUUAGAGAAAAAUUAGAAAGCUAACUAAAGUUUUAAAAGGAAUAACUGUCAAAAUAUUACUUACCAAGUAAACUUCUUUAAGGCCAGCAUCUUAGUUUAGAUUCUUCAACACAUGAGAAAUUUUCUUUUAUAACAUAAGAUGAAAACUUGGUCUAUUUCUACGCGCUUUAAAAGUAACAAAUCACUAAGAUUCAAUGGCUCAUUGUGAAUAAGUUCAUUCCAGCUAUGAGUUGUGAGAGGAGCACUUCGAUACGCCAACCAUAUUGCUAUGAAGGAGGACGCGGGACAGUCUUCCAAAACUUGUAGCUACUACGUCACGAGCUCACAGCUGAACUUUUCGUAAACACAGCUUACCAUCUACAGCUGAUGUUUAUUUUCUAAAAAUGUAGCCAAUAAUGUUACAGAACGUGGAUACCAAAUUCAAUUCAUGGCAUGUCUUUAAAUUAUUUUCCAUAUCUCAUUCCAAUACCGGCGGCAUUAAUAGGUAACUGUUAUAAAAUGAAGGCGAUAUUUGUAAUUGUAUUUUUUGUAUACUAUAUCGGUUUGAUUCGGUGUCAAGAAAUUGAUCAUAGAGAAUUGAAGUGUUUAGUAUGUCAGAGGUUGGUCGAGUUAAUGGAACAAGACAUUGAUAAAGUGGAUCCAAAGAAAAAAGUAGAUGUAGGUUCCUUUAGGAUAGAUCAUAAAGGUGACCAGAAAAAUAAAGUUGUGGAGUAUCGUCGUUCUGAAGUAUAUCUUACUGAAUUAAUGGAACAAAUCUGUAACAAAAUGGAAGACCACGUGAGAGGAAGAAUGAAGACUGACGGUAGACUUGUAAUUUUUCCUCUAGUGUCCGAAAGCGGUAAAAUGAAUCCAAUCAUGAGUGAGGUCGACGUUGUUCAAGAUUCUGAUCUGAAUAAAAGUUUGAAAUUUUAUUGUGAGGCGAUUUUAGAAGAAAAUGAUGAAGCCUUCAUCAAAGCUUUCUCAGUACCAAACAGCACUGUCGAUAUUAAAAUUUGUUCAGAAGAGGCCAAACUAUGUAAUCAUACUUUAGAGGACGAUUACGAAUUUGAAACACAUGGAGAACUAUAAGUUAUACAUUAUUACUUAUAAAUUUGUUAAAUGUACAAAGACAAUUUGAAAUCUGUGAUCAUUUAUUAAUAUUUAAAAACAUUAAUGAUCUGUUUAUGUUACUUUUUUAUUUGUAAUUUUUUUGAAAAAUAAAUUUAUAUGAUGUCUUCC